AUGUCAGUUUCAAAGUCAGAUCCAAACAAUCCGCCUAAAGUUCCAAAAGGAUGGUUAGCUAAAUUCGACGACACUUACAAAACAUGGUAUUACGUUAAUCUCGACACCAAAAAAUCCCAAUGGGAGGCACCAGAAGGCACCACCUGGGGAGAAGAAUCAAGUCCAGAAGAUAUCCCACCUCCAGCAUACAGUCCAUCCCAAUCCUCCUCCAUCGAUCGUAAACAACCAGAAAUCCCACGCCCACAAGCCCAACAAAGUAGCAGUUACCAAAGAACUCCGCCUUCUGCGCCUGCUGCUGCGGGUGGCAAUGGAAGAUCAUAUCAACCACAACCAGCACCUCAACCAGGAUAUGGAGGUGGAUACCCUCCACAAGCGGGAUACCCUCCACAUCCAGCAUAUGGAGGAUACCCACCACAACCAGGAUAUGGUUACCCUCCACAACCGGGAUACGGAUAUCCACCACAACCGGGAUAUGGAUAUCCUCCACAACAACAACAGGUGCAACAAGGUAGAAAUAGUAAAAUGAGUGGGGCUGGAGGUAUGGCUCUUGGUGUAGGUGGUGGUUUAUUAGGUGGUAUGCUUUUAGGUUCAGCUUUGAAUAGUUAUGGAGAACAUGAACAAAUGGAAGGAUAUCAAGAUGGAUACCAAGAUGGGUAUGCCGAUGGUGGUGAUUUUGGUGGAGGUGAUUUCGGGGGAGGUGAUUUUGGAGGUGAUUUCUAA